AUGGUCCAAGAAGGUAGGGAACAAACCCUGAUUUGUUGAGCUCCCAAAAACAUUGAUAUUUUGGGCAAAUCACCCGAUCAGUCAUAUUGAAACACAACAGCAUGGGGAUCGUAUAAAGUUUGAUUGACCACUUAUAAUCUCCCCAAAAUAAACUAAGAAAUUGAAAUUUAAUGUAGGUGGCCACCUCUGGCAAAAUCAAGUCCAUUUUGGCACGAGUGUUACAUCAAGUGGACGCGGAAGUUUCAUUACAAAUUUUACAUGCUUAAUAAAUAUUAAAAAGUACAAAAUCUAACAUAAUUCCAAUUCACGAACUUGAUGACCCUCAGACCUCUAUUUUCCCACCGACAGGCAUCCCCCCCCCGCCUGUAAUUCGUAAUAAGGUAUUACAAUCUUGAUUUCAUACCACACCAGAUGUCCCUGGUUUGGAGCUGAUGUAAUUUGCCCCGCGUUGUUUUCUUUUUCGCCAUCGUUUCCAUAUUUUUCAGGUGUAGAUUAUCACUGUUACCGCUUGGAUCAGGGUGGAUUGUGGUCCCAAAAUCUUGGACAAACUGCUGUGACUAACAAGGAUGGAAAGGGAAGCGAGAUUACUGAUCCAAGAAAAGCGGUCCCCCUGCCUUAGGGUCCACAGUACAAAUUUGUCACUUUUAUGAAGAUCUUUACCAAUAUUAUUGAUGGUUAAAUUACACCACCUUAGUCAGAUUGAUUUUCAACGAAACAUUUGCCGCAUCUAAACUUCUGCAUCAUAAGAGGUUAUUUUCUUUCUUGCAAUUCAGUUAAGUAGUGACUCAUAUUUUGAUGAAUUACUCUUAAAUUUAGAAAGUUCUUUUUUCCCCCAUUUUUGAAAAAUCAUGCGAGUAUUGAAUUAUUUUUCAUAGAUUCAGGGUGUCCAAAAAUAUGUUUUACAUGUCAAUUUUUUUAAAGUUUUAUUUCUUUCCCUAGAAUAUGUUUGCCAUGCACAGCGAAUGGUGACAUGUCAAUUUUUCUAUAGUUUUAUUUCUCGGGUUUUAUCCAUUUUCUUGCAAGUUUUAAAAACAAAAGUAUCACGUUUACGUUGACUUUUCUUGAUGCAGUGUAAAUGGAUUCAUUAUCAUUGUG